AUGACAAACGCGUCCUCACCCGACACAAACGAGCCCUCGCUGAUCAAUGCGACCCCCUGCAUCACAGUUGCCCGCGCGCUCUUUACCUUUGCAUCACGCACCGUUGACUCGUCGUCGCUGCAAUGGCGUCAAAAGUUGUCGAUAUCUCUGCUCCAAGCCCUGCGCCGGACGCUCAACCCGCGACACACAUUCGCGCACUCCCGACAGCGCCUCACCGGCGCCGCCGUUGAAGCCUACUGCCGUACCCGUGGCCUCAGCUACGCCGCCGCCGCCGUGGAUCUGCCUAAUAAUCCAUUCGCUGACAGUUUUGCACCGCAAGUCCCGCGUCCGACGCUGCAUGUCGUCACCCCGGCUGACGCCCCCGUCAACGGCCCGACGCUGCUCUACGCCCAUGGCGGCGGAUACUUGAACCCUCUGCAGGCGCCUGGCCACAUGCCCUUUGCGCUGCGGUGCGCUACCUCCUGCGGCGCCGCCCGCGUCGUCCUUAUCGAGUACGCGCUGACCUCGGAGCAUCCGUAUCCCGCGCAGCUCAUCCAGAUGGUCGCCGCCACUAAGCACCUGCUGAACCACCCCCUGCCCGGCGCCGACGGCGAUGUGGGCGUACGACCGCGCGAUCUGAUCCUGGCGGGCGACAGUGCGGGCGGCCACCUGCUCGCCAGCCUGCUCGCCCACGUGGCGCGGCCGUCGCCCUACGCGCCGCCGCUGACAGAGCUGGGCACUGAGAAAGGCAGGCAGCUCCGCGCCGUCGCGCUCUUCUCGCCGUGGAUGGGCAUGACGACCACCGAUGCCUCGUUUACGGCGAACCACGAGACCGACUACCUGUCCGCCCAGCAGAUGGACGUGUUCAUCCGGCUGUUCGAGCCCCCGUCCCCGGCUGAGGUGUGGGCGUCGCCCAUCGAGGCCGACGACGCCGCCGCGGUGUGGAAGGCCGCGUUUCCACGAGCAGCGGGCGGGAAGCCCCUGGAUGCGGCGCCGGUGCCUCUGGCAAGGAGGAUGCUUAUAACGUCGGGGGCGGGCGAGACGCUGUUUGACUCGUGCGUCAAGUUCGCGCGGGAGCUUCUCGGCGCGGACAUGGUCGUGCUGGACUCGGAUGACAAGGUGGCGCUCGUGGCGGGCAAGGAGCUCGUUUUCACAAUGGCGCCUGACGAGGCCCAUGUCCAGCCCGUACUGGAUUCGGCGCUCGGAUAUCCAAACGGGUGGUCGAUGAAGGCUGUUGAUAAAUUUCUGCAGUCUACCAAACAAUAA